GAGGCGAAGUUCGGCUCGGCCCGACCUUCCCUUUAAGGGCUGACGCCGUUACUAGGGCGGCCGGGGAGGCGCGGAAACUGAACCGGCGCUGCGGCCAGAGCGACAGGCCCGGCAGCUCCCGCCGCACGCUAUGGCCGCCGCCGCCGGCCUGGAGGAUCCGUCUCUGGAGAAACACUUUAAAGGCCAUCGAGAUGCCAUCACCAGUGUGGAUUUCAGUCUCAAUAAGAAACAAUUGGCAAGUGGCUCUAUGGAUUCGUGCUUGAUGAUCUGGAGUAUGAGACCCCAAAUGAGAGCCUAUCGCUUUGUGGGUCACAAAGAUGCAGUGAUGUGUGUUCAGUUUUCACCUUCUGGCCAUCUGGUGGCCUCAGGCUCCAGAGACAAAACUGUCCGUUUAUGGGUUCCAAAUGUCAAAGGAGAAUCUACUGUGUUCAAGGCUCAUACGGCAACUGUAAGAAGCGUUCAGUUCUCCAGUGAUGGACAGUCCUUGGUUACAGCUUCUGAUGACAAAACAGUCAAAGUAUGGACAGUUCACAGACAGAAAUUUCUCUUUUCCUUGAGCCAGCACAUAAACUGGGUUCGCUGUGCCAAAUUUUCUCCAGAUGGAAGACUAAUAGCUUCUGCCAGUGAUGAUAAAACUAUCAAACUAUGGGAUAAAACCAGCAGAGAAUGUAUACAUUCUUUUUGUGAGCACGGUGGGUUUGUGAAUCAUGUGGAUUUUCAUCCCAGUGGUACUUGCAUUGCUGCAGCUGGUACAGAUAACACAGUGAAGGUGUGGGAUGUUAGGAUGAACAGACUCCUUCAGCAUUAUCAAGUGCACAGUGCUGUGGUAAACUGUCUUUCCUUUCACCCCUCUGGAAACUACCUCAUUACUGCCUCCAAUGAUUCAACCCUUAAAAUUCUGGAUUUACUAGAAGGAAGGCUGCUGUAUACUCUUCAUGGUCAUCAGGGGCCAGCUACCUGUGUUGCCUUCUCAAGAAUUGGGGACUUUUUUGCUUCUGGAGGGUCAGAUGAACAGGUGAUGGUAUGGAAAACUAACUUUGAUGCUGCUGAUUAUGGAGAUGUAUUGAAAACUCAGAAGUAUGCCACUAAUGUAACAGGAACUCUUCACAAUCUGCAAUCAGAAAUGGAUUGCAGUGAUCCUCCUAAGAAAAACAAAAUACAAGAAUCUGCCAGGAACCAGCACCAGCAAGAGGAGGAGACAAGUCUUGCAGAUACCCUAGAACAUAUUGUGGGACAGUUAGAUGUUCUUACUCAGAUGCCAGCUGGAAGUAGAAGUGAUGAAGCUGUAGAGACGCUAUGGCCUGCCCAACUGGACGUACUGAAGCGGGGUUGAUUCUUCAGUGAAACUGUUUCCAUUCUGGAGCAGAGACUGACGCUGACUGAAGACAAGCUGAAGGAGUGUCUUGAGAAUCAGCAGAAGCUCAUGCACAGUAAAGGGAAUUGAUUCCACGAGGGGCUGACCAAGCCGGAGUUGUCUGGAGGCUUGGGGGUUUGUUUGUGUGUUUCUAAUACUUUGGGUGAAUCAUUUUUAACAGAUGGAAUCACUUAUUUUAUUAAAAUAAAAUGUACAGCCAAUGGCAUCUGUAAAUACACUUUUUUGUUACUGUAAGAAUAAAAUUCUCUUAUUUCACUAAACACAGCUAACAAUUUGUGAUCCUUUGAGUUAAAUCCCCAUUGAGCAGAGGCAGUGCUAGCCCAUGGGGGGCCCUAAGCAGGAAUAUUUUUUGUCUCCACAAUACAUAAUAAAAUGUGAAUAGGGGUCCCCUAUGAGUUGCUCGGGACCCUAAGCAAUUACUUAGCACUAGUCUGUACUAGAAUCGCUCCAGCAGCACAGCUGUAUGCCUGUAGGUGCGCCGCGGUAGCGCUGCUAGAGCAGAUGCUGUAUGCCGACAGGGGAGAGCUCUCCCAUCGGCAUCAUUAGUAGACCUCCCCGAGCAGCAGUAGCUUAGGUCACUCAGGGGUGUGGCUUAUUCACACCCCUGAGUGACAUAAGUUAUACCGAAGUAAGCACUAGUGUGUACAAACUCGAAGUCUGCUUAUGCCUAGCGCCAGCUCUGUUGAGAGCACAAGUGUAUGUGGAGUGUAGGGGAAGGGAAGAGCCUAACUUCUCGGAGCUGCUGCUGAGUUAAACUAGUUAAUCUGAGCAUCUGGGGAAUGUGAAGCAUCUGGAAAGUGUUGUACCAGAUUUGCUGAUCUAUAGUUGAGGUGUCUGCGUGCGUGCUGGGGGGUUUGCUCACAGGCAAAGAAUGCCCAAAUGGUGGCCGUGUACUUCUAUUCUGAAAUUGUAGCAAGCAUCAAGCAGAGAAUGUGACUCAUGCUUCUAGAAGGUUCUGCAUCAUCCAAGUCCCAAAUGGCUCCUAGGGAAUUUGAUGAAGAGCGAAUCUGAAUGUCCUUUGCACAAAGGAUAUAGUAGUAUGUGGGAUCUACUCAUCUCUUAUGCAGUGUAUAGAGAGUGAAAAUAGCAGGGCCUAAGGUGAGAUGAGAUGCACCAGCUAGUAAGAAACAAUAUGGUCCCAAGGAACAUUCUCCUUAAUAAAUCUUGAUUCAUUUUUUUAAGGGAGUUGUGGGGAGGAGGAUAAAUAGCAGAACUGCUAGCGCAGCCUUUUACUUUUUCUGACUGUCUCAAAUCAAUUUUAUCUUGAUAUUUUAUAGCUGGAAUGGCACUUCAGUUCACAUUGAUAUUUUCCCCCCAUAUACUCUACUGUCAGGGCUCUAUGCAUGUGUCUAGUAUGUGACUGCACAGGAACCUUUGCUAAUACUCCUCCCAGCAUUCACCCAUGACCUCCCCCGACGUAACUGCUUGCUGUGUCACUACUACCUACCCACCUUGAGAAAUCGGCUGCAGAAGCCCCAGCAUCACUUGGCUGCUGAAAUCCUCCUAGCUGCUGCAUUUCUGACCCUUUCAGUUGCACUGACUCCUGGCCUCAUUCCUCUCCCACAUAGCUUCCAAAUCCUCUGGGCAUUAUGGAAGUUUGCCUGAGGCCUGGCUGGCAUGUCUGUCUUCACACAGGGCUAUGCAAAACUAGCCCUUUUCUUGCACCUGUUUCUGUGGAAGGCUGUGUCCCCCUGAAUUCUAUUGAAACCUUGUUAAAUCUGACUGAGAGAUGCUUAUUUCCACCAGGAUAAAACUCUUUACAUUGUGUCUCCCAGCACCAGAAAGUUCCUUAUCUCCUCCUAUGCAAGUGCUUCCCACAUCUCCAACUCCUUCUAGCUGGAGCUACAUAAUAGAUUUCACUCCUUUUGGUUUGCAAGCAGCCAGUGGUUUUGUUUUAUUUCCAAGCAUCUUUGGUUGAUGAAUUUGAAUCUCUUUCUGCAUAACCACAGACUAAGAAUGCUUAUUUUCUCCAUUUCCAAGCUGUGAAUCUGAGAAAUCAUUAUUUUCACUUAGAUUCAUCUACUGGAAUCGAUACAGUGAUAUUUUUUCCCCUAACAGCCAUUUUUUUAAUUCUCUUUCUAGAAACUUUCAGUGGCCUUCUGUUUUGAAGUCAUUACAUCAUUUUCAUUGAUGGAGAAAGAAAAAUUUAAAAAAAAUGAAAAUUUGCUUUUAAAGGAGAAGGGCUAUCCCUAAACUGAUCUAAUUUGACUGGCAGAAAUGAUUAAAAUAAAAAGUGGUUUCAUGGAAUGAGAACUUGUAAUUGGAUCUUGUCAAUUGAAUCGAAAGAUCUUGGAACGCUCUUUAGUUAAGUUAAAUUUCAAUUUUCUCCAGUUUCUUGAUUCUCUUAAGUGCUUUUCAUCUAAAACUUUAUCAAA